AUGGAGGCAGCUCCGCUUACACUGGCCCAUACACACGCGAGAAAUGCGGCACUCGAGACCCGCAAGUCGAAUCCCGUUGCCGCCAGCGAGGAACAUGACUUGGCUGCCGGUGAAUUCGCUACAGCUGCUCAGAAUAGCUCUGACCCAGAGGCCCUCCGAACCCUGCGGCUACUCGAACACCAGCACAAGACUUUGGCCGAAAUCUUGAGAUUUCAACAUGAGCAUCCUGCUAGUAUAACAGAGGAGAAUCCGGCAACCUUCCCUUCGAACGUUGCAGCCCAACCCUCAGGCAUAGACCCCGGUAACAUCAAAGCCACCAGCCAGGAUGCUCAAUACCAGCCGCCGAAACUACCAGGAAUGCCUCGGAUGUCAAGUCGUGAAUCAUCAUCUAUAGCCAGCAACUUGGCCUCAGCUCGUGGUAUACCUUCGCAUCCCCGUCGUGGGUCACCGGUGUCACCAACCCUUUCUGCCCAGCAAGCCGGAGCGAAGAUGACGGAGGGAUCGAGGGCCACAUCCGAUUGCGAGAGGUUCCAAAUAAGGAAACGCCAGAGCCGAGCAUCUGCGCCCAAACAAAUGUGGUCUCCUCAAAUGCCCAUUCCUACAGAGAUUACCUCCCAUGAAGUCGUACCAGCAAACACCCCUUCCAGACCCAGAUCCUCGACAAGUGACGAGGGUUUCCAGCGUUUCUACUCCACGUUUGAAGGACUGAUCUCUAAAAUCUCAGCACCGCUAGCAUUUGCUGGCCUUCCACUAUUAUCAGAGGACCCGGCUAAGGCUGCAUCCGCAAACCGAAAGUCGUCUGCUGAGACUAAACUAGAUCGCCAUCAUGCAACUUCAGACCGAUCUUCUUCUACCGUGGAGCCAGACGUGAGUCGUCUGUUCUCUCCAGCAGCUCUGCGAUCGAUUCGGGAUACGCCGGGAGGCGCCCUAGGGAACCCCGCUGAGUCCUUCUAUGUUGUUCCUACGUCAGGAGGAACGAUGUCAUACGCAGGAAUCCUCACACGAGCAGAGAAGGAGGCGCGCCGCAAUAGCUUGGAUGAGGCAGAUGACGAAUUUGUUGAUGCACGGGAAGCACCAGCGUCACCAGAGAUGCGCCAGAGUACGGGCAAUUCUCGCAGUGGACGUCGAGGUGCGCCAGAGAAACUCAUGAACCAGAACACCAAGACCGUCGAAGAACUACAGAUGGAGAAUCAAGCACUGAAACAACUGUCCGAUACUCUUUCAAAGCGACUGCACAUGUGGGAAGUCAAUGCACAGUCAUCAUCUAUGGCACUUCAACAGUCACUGAGAUUCAUGCAUCAUCAUACCACUGGAUCUCCAGAGCAACUGACACAUGGCUCCUCAGCUGCAGUAUCUCCGGCGGCCCAAAUUUCCACGGCACCAGCAAAUUCCGAUAUAGACCCGAAGAUCAAGGAGCUAGAGGAACUUGCCCGUCGCAAACAGGAUGAUCUGGAUCGUAUUACGCAGGAGAACGAAAAAUUGAAGAAUGUCCUUGGACGGUACCGUGAUCGUUGGGAGAAGUUGAAAGAGGGUGCCAAAACACGAAGAGCCGAGGGUCGUCCAGUCGAUGGCCAGAGCAGUCAACGACCAGAUAUUCCAGUCUCUCCGCAUCCAGACGCCGAUUCCUCUCACCAAGCGGUUGGCCGCAAUGCUUCUGGAUCAGAUACUGGAGGUAACGCAGAUGCAGGACCUUGA